UAAAAUAUCAAGAAAAGGAAAUGGCUUUGCGAUGUUUAAACUUUGUAAAAAAUAUUUCAAGGAAUAAAUCGAUAAUAUCAUUCGUUCGUCAUAAUUCUUUUAAUAUUACAGAAAAGGAGCGUGUCAAUGCUUGCAAAACAUUUAAAACAGAAAAUAAUGUAACAUACCUGGAAGAUCCAGAUACUUUUGGAACUAUUUCAAAAAUAACAAUUGUUAAAGAUGAAAUAAUUGAAGAUGAAGGAGACCUUCAAGAAGAAAACUUUCAAAGUAGCCGCCCAUUGAAAUCGCAACAGUUAACUAUAAAACAAUAUAGUGACAUUAUCAAACAAUAUGUAAAAAAUAAGAGAAUAAAAGAAGCUCUAGAUGUUUUAGAAGUGAGGAUGCUAAAAGAAGAUAGAGUUAAACCUGAAAAUUACAUUUAUAAUAUUUUGAUUGGUGCAUGUGCUGAAGUUGGUUAUACAAAGAGAGCCUUCAAAUUGUACAAUGACAUGAAAAAGAGGGCACUUAAACCUACAGGAGACACAUAUACAUGUUUAUUUGAGGCCUGUAUGAACAGUCCUUGGAAAGAAAAUGGUCUUAAACAUGCAAGAAAUUUAAGAAAUCUCAUGAUAGAGAAAGGUGUUGAACCUAAUUUAACAAACUAUAAUGUAAUGAUUAAGGCAUUUGGUAGAUGUGGUGAUUUACCUAUGGCCUUUAAAAUAGUAGAUGAAAUGAUUUCAAAGAAAAUAAAGAUUAGAGUCCAUACUUUUAACCACCUUUUACAUGCAUGUAUCUCUGAUAAAGAAUCGGGAUUAAGACAUGCUCUUAUUGUUUGGAGGAAAAUGUUAACCCUUAGAGAAAAACCCAACAUUUAUUCAUUCAAUCUUAUUUUAAAAUGUGUAAAAGAAUGCAAUUUAGGGUGUAAAGAAGAUAUUCAAGAAUUAAUUAAUAUUAUUCAAGCAACAAUACUUCAAGCUAACAAUAAAUUUAAUAAGCCUCUCCAAAUUGACUCGAGUAAAGAUUCACAAGAUGAGAUAAAAUUAUUAUCACCCUCAUCUGUUACUAUAGACAAUGACAUUAAGCUAGAAAAUACUUAUGAUCACAGUGCAAAUCAACUUUUACCAAUACCAUUAAAUGAAGAGCAAGAUAAUACAAGUCACACUAUAGAAAACAGUAUUACUUUAAGGUUUGUUACACAGAAAACAACUAGCAAAACUAAUUUAGGUGUACCAAAUUUACUUUCACAAACAUUACAACUAGAGCAAGUUUGUGGCCUACAAGAAGUAAACACAGUGCAGGAUAAAUUUGCUAUUGUAGGAGGCCAAGAUGAUUUUUUAGAACAAAUGGCACUUUAUUCUGUAAAGCCAGAUAUUAAAAUUUUCACCCAAAUGCUUGAAGUUAUUGACAAUAAUAUAGAAGCUGAAAAUAAAGUUUUAUGUACCAUUAAGGCAAUGAAAUUAAAGCCCGAUAUUGAAUUUUACAAUAUGCUUAUUAAAAAAAGGUGUCUAAGAUUAGAUUAUGACAAUGCAUUCGCAGUCAAGGAAAUGAUUGAAAAAGAGUCCAAAAGAAGGAUGAGGCUUCCUAACAAAAAACGCAGAUUAAAAGUUAAUAUUAUGACUUAUGGCAUUCUAGCAAUGGCAUGUAAAACAAAAGAAGAUGGUGAAAAACUUUUAAAUGAGAUGAAAGAGAAACAACUUAAAGUUAACAUUCAGAUUUUAGGCACCCUACUUAGACAUGGGACAGCAAACUCGAAAUUUGGAUAUGUUUUGUAUAUAAUGGAUAUUGUAAAACAGGAGAAUUUAAAACCCAAUGAUAUAUUUAUGAAACAUUUAGAAUUAUUCAAUGAGAAAUGUGAAGCCAUAGUUAAAAAGUACAAGCAAAAACAAAUUAACAGUGUUUUUGUUGUGGCAUAUGAUGGAUUCAGUCAAAGUUAUAGUAAAUGGUUAACAGAAGUGAAUAUUGAGGAUACAUUGAAGAUUGAAGAUCCCUGGAAGCAGUUCCAAGAACCUCAUCCAGAGACUGUGCAAAGAGAAAUAUUUAAAAUAGACGAGCCCAAAAGAUUUUAUAAAAGAAAUCGAAAGUUUGUUCCUUUCACUGUUAAGGUCAAUUAAAUAUAUACUACAAUAUUA